GAGCCCCGGCCGCGGGCUCGGGCGCGCAGAGCCGGGGCCAUGUGGACGGGUGGCCGGCGGCCGGGCCGGCUUCGCCGGGCGGCCUCUGCCGCAGACAUGGAGAAACUCAGUGCCCUCCAGGAACAGAAGGGCGAGCUGCGCAAGCGGCUGUCCUACACCACGCAUAAGCUGGAGAAGUUGGAGACGGAGUUUGACUCCACGCGCCACUACCUGGAGAUUGAGCUGAGGCGUGCCCAGGAGGAGCUGGACAAGGUGACAGAAAAACUGCGCAGAAUUCAGAGCAACUACAUGGCGCUGCAGAGGAUCAACCAAGAGCUGGAGGACAAGCUGUACCGCAUGGGCCAGCACUAUGAGGAAGAGAAGCGUGCCAUGAGCCACGAGAUUGUCGCCCUCAACAGCCACCUGCUGGAGGCUAAGGUGACCAUUGACAAGCUGUCAGAGGACAACGAGCUCUAUAGGAAGGACUGCAAUCUAGCGGCCCAGCUGCUGCAGUGCAGCCAGACCUACGGCAGGGUCCAUAAGGUGUCCGAGGUAACGUGGCCCCGCCCCACAGCCAGGCCCGCCCCGUCCCAGGACCACCCGGUUCCUUUGGGGCCACCCCACCCCGAAGCCUCUCCCCACCCUCCAGGAAGAAGCUACCCGCUGCCCUCGGACUUCCAGCAGCGUGUGAGCCUGCAUAUGGAGAAGCAUGGCUGCAGCCUGCCAUCCGCACUGUGCCAUCCGGCCUACGCCGACAGCGUGCCCACCUGCGUCAUCGCCAAGGUGCUGGAGAAGCCGGAGCCGGGCAGCCUGUCCUCGCGCAUGUCGGAUGCCUCGGCCUGCGACCUGGGCUACCGCGACGGAGUGGAGAAGUCGGGCCCGCGGCCCCCGUACAAGGGAGACAUCUACUGCAGCGACCCGGCUCUCUACUGCCCCGACGAGCGGGAGCACGCCCGGCGACCCAGCGUGGACACGCCGGUGACCGACGUGGGCUUCCUGCGGGCGCAGAAUUCCACCGACAGCGCGGCGGAGGAGGAGGAAGAGGCCGAGGCGGCGGCCUUCCCGGAGGCCUACCGUCGGGAGGCCUACCAGGGCUACGCGGCCUCGCUGCCCACCUCCAGCUCCUACUCCAGCUUCAGCGCCACGUCCGAGGAGAAGGAGCACGCGCAGGCCGGCACGCUGACCGCCUCGCAGCAGGCCAUCUACCUGAGCAGCCGCGACGAGUUCUUCAACCGCAAGCCCUCCGCCACCUACGGGAGCGGCCCUCGCUUCGCCAAGGCCGCGGCCACCCUGGGCUCCCCGCUGGAGGCCCAGGUCGCCCCGGGCUUCGCUCGGACUGUGUCUCCGUACCCGGCCGAGCCCUACCGCUACCCGGCCUCCCCCGGCCCCCAGCAGGCUCUCAUGCCCCCAAACCUGUGGAGCCUGCGGGCCAAGCCGAGCGGGAACCGGCUUGCCGGGGAGGACAUUCGAGGCCAGUGGCGGCCCGUGAGCGUGGAGGAUGUGGGCGCCUACUCCUACCAGGCCGGCGCCGCUGCCGGCCGCGCCGCCUCGCCCUGCAACUACUCGGAACGUUACUACGGCGGCGGCGGCGGCGGCGGCGGCGGCAGCAGUGGUGGUGGCGGUGGUGCCGCUGGCGGUGGCAGCCCCGGCGACAAGGCCGAAGGCCGUGCCAGCCCUCUCUAUGCCACCUACAAGGCCGAUAGUUUCUCGGAGGGCGAUGACCUGUCUCAGGGUCAUCUGGCCGAGCCCUGCUUCCUCCGAGCAGGAGCCGAUCUGAGCCUCAGCCCCAGUCGUUCGGCUGAUGCGCUCGCUGGCUACGCAGCCAGCGACGGGGAUGGAGAUAGGCUCAGGGUGCAGCUGUGUGGGGCUGGCAGUAGCCCGGAGCCCGAGCAUGGCUCCCGCGAGUCCCUGGAGCCUAGCUCCAUGGAGGCCUCUCCUGAAAUGCACCCUCCCACCCGCCUCAGCCCCCAGCAGGCCUUCCCAAGGACUGGAGGCUCUGGGCUGAGCCGCAAGGACAGUCUCACUAAAGCCCAGCUCUACGGUACCCUGCUCAACUGACUGCCAUCAGCAGAAUGCAGUCAGGAGCUCCCUACCACCCUUCCCCAUAUAGGGUGUAGCUAACCCCACCCCCGUCCCGGAAGUCCAGUUCCAGUUCCUCCUGACCCUUCUACUACCACCCCAGUAGAACCUGAAGAGACCCCCCUCUGGCGCGUCGUCUUGUCCACCCCGGCCUCUGCUACAAACCCCCCAGCCUCUGCUACAAACCCCGAAUAUUUCUGCUCUGCAGCCUUCCCUGAAGUGAGCAUCCCCUGGUUUGUAAGUGGAAGCUAUUUUUUUUAGGGAAAGAGAGUGUUUCUUCGCGCACGUGCCACUAGAUUCUGGAUGGCAGCCUUGGCGAACCCCACAUAAAGGUCCUUCAUUUCCAGCGAGGGUGCAUGGGGCCUGACCUAGGGAAGGGGAGGCUGGGGCCCUCGAGGGACCAGUCUCCACAAGAGGGGAGAAGCCAGAAACAAGGGAACAAGUGGGAAGUUCUGUACACUGAGGAGGGGAACCAAAGCCACUUCGGGCGCAGAAAAUGUCGUAUGCUCUCGUCUCACAGUGCAGCCAGCACUCCGCCCUGAUCCACCCUGAGCUCUUCCAUGGCCCGGCCUGUGGGCCCAAGAGAGGCCAGGGACACCCCCAGAACAGCCGGUGCUCGUUCCUCCCCUUCCCCUCCCAACACCACCUGACUCUACCUCAGACAUGAGGCUCCUCCCACCCCUAUGAACCUGUCUUCUGUGAUGCAUGCCAGUCUGUUAGUACUGUAUCUCGAACUCCUUAAUAAAGGACAGCAGUGGA